AUGGCAGUGUCCUCAUCUUCAGACAGCCUUUUUGAGUUUUCACGAAGGCCUCCUCCUGUUACUUAUAGACGACGUUUAUUCCGUGCUUUUGAUAGUGGAACAAUUGCUCUGGACUGGCUAACUUAUUUGGAUGUUGUGGAGGGUCCCUCUGGCAUAAUUGAUGGUUCUGCUGUUCGUAAAGGUGAUAAAACUCCGAUUGUCAUUGUCAUUCCUGGCUUGACCAGCGAUUCUACUGCUGCAUAUGUGAAGCAUCGUGCAUUCAACAUGGCAAGACAGGGUUGGAGUGUUGUUGUAUGCAAUCAUCGUGGUCUAGGAGGUGUAUCUCUAACUUCUGAUUGCUGUUAUAAUGCUGGAUGGACUGAAGAUGUACGGAAAAUCAUUGACCAUAUACGCUGUGAAUAUCCAGAAACUCCUCUAUUUGCUGUUGGAACUAGUAUUGGUGCCAAUAUUCUGGUAUAUGAAUUGUUCUGAUUAUGUUUAUGAGCAUAACGAAUGUAAUUAAGGAUUGGAAUUUACAUUUUAUUUUGAUUUUUUUCCUUGGAAGAGGUAGUGCUUC